AUGGCUGGAAAUGAAACUUCCGUCGUUCUGCUCGAUGGAAGAGCAGAGCUUGACACGUUCAUACUGAUUUGGACCUGCUUCCAAUUCCUCUAUGGAAUCCAAUUUAGUAUUACCACGCUCAUUUACAUCACUAUCAGUUUUGGCUACAAAUCGAUCGUUCUCAACUCCUUUUUCUACGGUCUUGCGGUUGCAGACUUGUCUGUGGUAGGUGUAACUUUUAUGACGUCAUUCACCAAACGUCUCAGAACAUUCUCUGCUGGUGGAACACCUGGUUCUCUACCCGAAUGGAAAGUAUCCCGUUCCUGAUUCCUUCGCUGAAAUUCAUCGAAGCAUUACGUCCGGGUUCUCUGACCUUCUUCAAAAACCUCAACACUUUCUUCUUCCACCUCCAAGUCUGCUCUGCCCUUUCCAUGUUCGUAUACCGUUUCGGACGACUUGCGUGUCCACUUCACUUCGCAUACUACCGAAAGCUCUACUUUAUCCUCUACUUUCUUUGCUCUUGCGCCUACAGUGGUCUCCUCUCAUUCUCAUACUACGGAGAAACGGUCCAAGUUUAUCUGAACAAUGAAACACUCACAAAAGUGACUGAUAUGGAAGAUUCAAAGAAAUCACUGUGGUUCACCUGCAUAUCUUCUGGUGUUUAUAUGUUCCUGUUCCUCGCCCUCGGACUGGCUCCUACACGUUUCAAACUGGACGAAGCUACAGGUAUAAUAUUUCAGAAAAACAAGUGCUUACAAUUUCUUUUUCAGACAGGUUGAGUAUAAAACUUCGGGAAAGGGAAAAGGUGUUGAGAUUCAUCCUCGGGCCCCUGAUAUACGUCUAUUGUUCCGUGUACACCGGUAUCGUUUUAUGUAGCGUUCUGAACCUCAUUCAUCUCUACCAUCCGUUCCUUCCCGUUUGGAUCCUGCAACACAACAACCUCUUCCUGGCCACUGUCUCCGACCUGGUAAACUGUUGA